AUGCGUUUGUCAACUUCCGCGCUCGUGCUGAGCGCUGCCUCUUCGGCUGUCGGCCUACAAGAGCAGCAGAUUCUCGGCGGCGGCGACUCCAAUCCUCUUGUCGACAUCGACGUCAAUGCCUGGACCAAGCCCCUCGAGAAGUUCUUUGGCGAGAUCUCAUCAGAGGCCAAGGCUGUCUGGGACGAGGUCACCCUUCUUGCCCCCGACGCUGUCGAGGCUUUCAAGAAACAGGUCCUGACCAAGCCCAAGAAGGCCAACCGUCGACCCGAUUCCCACUGGGACCACCACGUCAAGGGUGCCGAUGUCCAGUCCCUCUGGGUUGAGAAGAACGGCGAGAAGCACCGCCAGGUCGGCGGCAAGCUCGAUAACUACAACCUCCGUACCAAGAAGGUUGAUCCUUCAAAGCUCGGUGUUGACAAGGUCAAGCAGUACAGUGGUUACCUUGACGACGAGGAGGAAGACAAGCACCUCUUCUACUGGUUCUUCGAGUCCCGCAAUGACCCCAAGAACGACCCUGUGGUCCUCUGGCUCAACGGUGGCCCUGGCUGCUCUUCCUUGACCGGUCUCUUCCUCGAGCUUGGACCUGCUUCCAUCAACAAGAAGAUUGAACUUGUCGGCAACCCCGAGUCAUGGAACAACAACGCUUCCGUUAUCUUCCUCGAUCAGCCCGUCAACGUUGGUUACUCUUACAGCGGCGGCUCCGUGAGCAACACUGUUGCUGCCGGCAAGGACGUCUACGCCCUUAUGACCCUCUUCUUCCAUCAGUUCCCCGAGUAUGCUAAGCAGGAUUUCCACAUUGCUGGAGAGUCGUAUGCCGGUCACUACAUCCCCGUCUUUGCCAACGAGAUCCUCUCUCACGAGGACCGCAACAUCAACCUCAAGAGUGUCCUGAUCGGUAACGGUCUUACCGAUGGCUACACCCAGUACGCCUACUACCGCCCCAUGGCUUGUGGUGAGGGUGGUUACCCCUCCGUCCUGAGCGAGAGCGAGUGCCAGUCUAUGGACAACGCUCUGCCCCGUUGCCAGUCCUUGAUCAAGGGCUGUUACGAGUCCGGCAGCGCCUGGUCCUGUGUCCCCGCCAGCAUCUACUGCAACAACGCCAUGAUGGGCCCCUACCAGCGCACCGGCCAGAAUGUCUACGACAUCCGAGGCAAGUGUGAGGACAGCUCCAACCUUUGCUACUCUGGUCUUGGCUAUAUCUCCGAUUACCUGAACCGUGAGGAGGUCAAGGAGGCUCUUGGUGCUGAGGUCAGCAGCUACGACAGCUGCAACAUGGACAUCAACCGAAACUUCCUCUUUGCCGGUGACUGGAUGCAGCCUUUCCACGAGCUCAUCCCCAACGUUCUUGACAAGAUCCCCGUUCUCAUCUAUGCCGGUGAUGCCGAUUUUAUCUGCAACUGGCUCGGUAACCAGGCCUGGACCCACAAGCUCCAGUGGUCUGGCCAGAAGGACUUCAGCCACGCCGAUCUGAAGAGCCUUACCCUCGAGGACAAGGAGUACGGCAAGGUCAAGUCCAGCGGUAACUUCACUUUCAUGCAGAUCUACGGUGCUGGCCACAUGGUUCCCAUGGAUCAGCCCGCGGCUUCUUCCAACUUCUUCAACCGCUGGCUCAGUGGUGAGUGGUUCUAA